AUGCAAUACUUUGAAAUCAGGAGGUAUAAAGACUACGUACUUCAUAAGAUUUGGUAUUAUUUUUAGAAGUAUAUUUAUAUUCGGAUGUUCCAAUGACUUCUCCCCAAAUAUGUAUGUAAAUAUUAUAUGUAAGUACGAGCAAUCUUUUGGAUCCACCGAAUCGAUCAUCGAUUUUCUUCCUGUGCGUGAUCAUUACUCAUUUGUGUGUGUAUGUCUGGCUGUUUGUCUUCGCAGUGCAGACAAUUUCAUGAUUUUUGCAGCUGUCCCGAAACGAGGAUCACUGGGCUACGCAGGAAUUACGACAGCGACGGAAGGUAGUGAUCAGAGAUCUUCGAGGAGCAGUUUGAAGGACACAAACAUGGGUUCAAGUACAGCAAACACUUUCUCGGUCACACACAAUCUGUAUCUACGCGUAGGUGGUGAAAAUUGCUGCCCUUUUUUCGAGUCUCAAUUCUUCCCAGAUGCAUUUCCCAGAUGCCUGCAUGCUGAGGAUUAGGCAUUGUCCAAAAUAUUUGUAUGGAAGAGAUACCCCGCCGAAGUAGAAUUGAUGUUUUCUCGCACAUAUGCUUGGAAAUAUUAUUACCAGUCACGGCGUGGGAACCGAAGCAAAGAUGUCCCAGGACCCAUGAAGGAUAUUGCCAUUUCUGGACGUAAAGGUUAGUUAUUUGCGACACAUUUAAAAUACGGGUAGCACCGGCAUUUCCCAGGUGAAAAUUCGAAAGAGUCCUUUCACAUCGAAAAUAGUGGUCACCCUGCUUUUCAUAUCACAGAUCUGGUCAAAAAAUUAGUUUGUCAUGGAAAAUGAAUUUUUCAAGAAAAAAUUAACCCCUUAUUCUCAUCUCGGACACAAAAGAAAGUGCGGUACAGACUGCUGUACACCAUUAACCCUGUCAACCCCUAAAUGACAAUUGUUUGAGCUAUCAAAAGGAUAUUUUUCAAUAAAAUAUUAUCCAAAAUAGUUUCAUUGAGAAUACCCUUUCUUGAGAUAUGGUUUGUUAUGCAUAUGUGCUUUUCCAGGCGUUACAGUUAGCUAUUGUAAAGGUAAAACAAUUUCACAGUUUUUCCUCACAAAAGAGAGGCCGACCCGAUUUAUGAAUGGAAAAUAUUCUUAAUCUUAUCUUCACGGGGUGGAUUUCGACCGGAUUUUUGUCAAGUUUUCUCAUUUUUUCACGAUAGAUUCGAACGAACUUUGGCCCUUUACUCCCAAUUUUGUAAUUGCGCCGUUUAUUUGGCCAUUGUAUUUUCUCGCGACCCUGUUUCACCCGGGAUGAGCCCUAU